GUUGGCCGUGUAGUUGGGAGUAUAAGAGGCGGCAUUCUCUCACAAUAUUCCAAGGCUCAGCAGCUUCUUUAUUCCUUUGCUCGACCACCUGUGCUACCGACAGACAACAGUCUCCAAGCUCAUCAUGGCAUCCCUCCUCCGCCUUGCCGUUGUGGCGACCUCUGCCCUCCUAGUAACAGCUGCUCCGGUCCCGGUCCCGGACCCGCCGACGCUGUUCACUCGAGCUGAGUUCAAUGCCAGCCUCCCCAAUAUCACCAUCUUUGCUACUGGAGGCACCAUUGCUGGUAGUGCCGGCUCCAGUUCCGAGGUCACCGGGUACAAGGCCGGAGCUCUCGGCGUGGAUGUCCUGAUCGCCGCCGUGCCUGAGAUUAUGAAUGUCUCCAAUGUCAAAGGCGUUCAAUACUCCAACAUCGGCAGUCAGAUGAUGAACUCCAGCCUACUGGUUGGCCUGGCACAGCAGAUCCAGGAGGCUGUUGACGACCCAUACGUAUCCGGUGUGGUUGUCACUCAUGGCACCGAUACCUUGGAAGAGUCGUCGUUCUUCCUGGACCUGACUGUCCGUACUGAGAAGCCCAUCGUCAUUGUGGGCGCUAUGCGACCGGCCACUGCUAUCAGCGCCGACGGACCCAUGAACCUCCUCGAAGCCGUCACUCUGGCAGCAUCUCCGAAGGGACGAGGUCGUGGCGUUAUGGUUGUGCUCAACGACCGCAUUGCCAGCGGUUAUUACACUACCAAGACCAAUGCCAACUCGCUCGAUACGUUCAAGGCCUACGAACAGGGUUUCCUUGGAGCCUUUGAGGACAUCAAGCCGUUCUUCUUCUUCCCCCCGGCUACUCCUGUUGGCCGUCCCUACUUCGACCUCAGCAAGAACGACCCCGUCGAUGGCAUGCCCCAAGUCGAUAUCCUCUACGGUUACCAAGAGUUGAAUGCCGCCCUGGUCCCUGCAGCCAUUGAGUCUGGAGCGAAGGGUCUUAUCCUUGCCGGAUCUGGCGCUGGUUCAUGGACUGACAAAGGCAAUGCCGCAGUCGAGAAGGCCAUCAAGGAAACUAAAACUCCUGUUGUCUACUCCCGUCGCCCUAUGGAUGGCUUUGUUGCCCAGGGUCCGAUUGAGGAUGGUGUGGAAUGGGGCCUUGGUGGUGGAUUCCUGAACCCUCAGAAGGCCCGCAUUCUAUUGCAGCUGGCUAUUAACGCUGGAUAUAGCGUAGCCCAGAUGCGCACUAUUUUUGAGCUGGAAUAGAGUACAUAGAGUGUCAUGAUUGCAAUGUCAAGAAAAU